CUGGCCCGUCGUCUCCGGGUUCUUGACUGCCUCAGUCGUGUGCGUCGGCAACGGUAGUGACGCGUAUUGCCCGGAGGAUGGCGGACGCCGGCUUGCGUCGCGUGGUUCCCAGCGACCUGUAUCCUCUCGUGCUCGGCUUUCUGCGCGAUAACCAGCUCUCGGAGGUGGCCAAUAAGUUCGCCAAGGCAACAGGCGCUACCCAGCAGGACGCCAAUGCCUCUUCUCUCUUGGAGAUCUAUAGCUUCUGGCUCAACAGGUCCACCAAGGCUCCAAAGCGGAAGUUACAGACAAAUGGACCAGUGACUAAGAAGGCUAAGAAGAAGACUUCAUCUAGUGACAGCAGUGAAGACAGCAGCGAGGAGGAAAAAGCCCAAGGGCCCCCAGCUAAGAAAGCUGCUGUACCUACUAAGCAGGCCAGUCUGCCUCAGCAUCCUGGAAAGGCUGCAGCCAAAGCAUCUGAGAGCAGCAGCAGUGAAGAAUCCAGUGAUGAGGAUGAGGAGGAGGACAAAAAGAAAAAGCCUGUCCAGGUUUGCAACCUUGGGAAGGAGAAGGGAGUUAAGCCUCAAGCCAAGGCAGUCAAAGCUCCCCCUAAAAAGGCUGAGAGUUCUGAUUCUGAUUCUGACUCAAGUUCAGCGGAUGAGGCACCAAAGAACCAGAAGCCAAAGACAACACCUGUGGCAGCUAAAGCUCAGGUUAAAGCCCCAGCCAAACCAGGCACACCUGCUCGAGCAGCACCUAAAAUAGCCAAUGGCAAAGCAGCUGAUAGUAGUAGUAGCAGCAGCAGCAGCAGCAGCAGCAGCAGCGAUGACUCAGAGGAGGAGAAAGCAGCAGCCGUCUCCAAAAAGGCUGUACCUAAAAAGCAAGUAGUGGCCAAGGCUCCAGUGAAAGCAGCUGCCGGCCCCCCUCAAAAGAGUUCCAGCAGUGAGGACUCCUCCAGUGAGGAGGAGGAGGAGGAACAGGAGCAGAAAAAACCUAUAAAGAAAAAACCAGGUCCCUAUAGUUCAGUCCCCCCACCUUCUGCUCCCUUACCCAAGAAGUCCCUGGGAACUCAGCCUCCCAAGAAAGUUGCAGAGAAGAAACAGCCUGUGGAGAGCAGUGAGGACAGCAGUGAAGAGUCUGAUUCAAGCUCUGAGGAAGAAAAGAAGCCACUAGCUAAGGCAGUCAUUUCUAAAGCAGCCACUAAACCAGCUCCAGCAAAGAAGGCAGCAGAGAGCUCUUCAGACAGCUCAGACUCUGACAGUUCUGAGGAUGAAGCACCUGCUAAGCCAGCAAGUAUCACCAAGAAUCUCUCACGUAAGUCAGCUGCUACUCCCAAGCAGCCUGCAACCAAAUCAGCCACAACUCCCAAGCAGCCUGCAAGCAGUGGCCAGAAGCCUCUGACCAGAAAGGCUGAUAGCAGCUCCAGCGAGGAGGAGAGCAGUUCUAGUGAGGAGGAGGAAAAGGCAAAGAAGGUGGUGGCCACCCCUAAGUCCAAGGUGAUGGCCAAAGCAGCACCAUCGUUGCCUGCAAAACAGGCGUCUCAGGGUGGUGGGGACAGCAGCUCUGAUUCAGACAGCUCCAGCAGCGAGGAAGAGGAAGACGAGAAGCUGUCUAAACCCCCAGUGAAGAAGCCACAGAAGACAACGGGAGCUGUAUCCCCUUCCAGGGCAGCCUCCACAAAGAAAGUAAAGGCCAAGAGCAGCAGCAGUUCUUCUGAUGACUCCAGUGAGGAGGAGGAAGAGGAGAAGCCCAAAGGCAAGGGUACUCCUAGACCACAAGCCCCCAAAACCAAUGGCACCUCUAUCCUGACUGCCCAGAAUGGAAAAGCUGACAGGGAUAGCAGUGAGGAGGAAGAAAAGACAAAGGCAGUUUCUAAGCCAGGUUCAGGAAAGAAGCGGAAGCAGAAAGAAGUUGCCACAGAGGCAGAAACUCCUCAAGCCAAGAAGAUAAAGCCACAGACCCCCAACACAUUUCCAAAAAGGAAGAAAGCAGAAAAAAGGGCAUCAUCCCCAUUCCGAAGGAUCAGGGAGGAGGAAAUUGAGGUGGAUGCUCGAGUGGCAGACAACUCCUUUGACGCCAAGCGGGGUGCAUCCGGAGACUGGGGGGAGCGAGCCAAUCAGGUCCUGAAGUUCACCAAAGGCAAAUCCUUCCGGCAUGAGAAGACCAAGAAGAAGCGGGGCAGCUACCGGGGAGGUGCCAUCUCUGUCCAGGUCAAUUCAGUUAAGUUUGACAGCGAAUGACCUGGGGCCAUCGUAGCGAAGCAGGGGUAAUGAUCCAAGACUACUUACUUUUCCAACUGGACCUGGGAGUCCUCAGCUCUAUUAGGGAGGUCUUGGUGAGGACUGCAGUCUAGAAUAGACUGAAGACUUUGCAUUGAUUGUAACAUCCUCUCUGGUCCUUUUCUGUGUUCGUAGUUUUGUAUACAGAUUUGUUUUUGAGUGUUGAGUAGCAAGAACAAAAUAAGGGAAGUGUUCUUUUUUAAAAAAAAUUCAUUUUAGUUGUCAUCCCCUUUUCCCUGUUCUGUAGAAAUUCUCAUACUGAGAAAUUUGUAUAUUUUAUAUUAAAUCAUUUCCUAUUGCUUUUUUUUUUCCUAUUGAUUUUUGUUGUGAUUUUCAGAGGUGGGUUCCCACAGAUAAAAACUGUUGCCUAAUACAUAGUAAAAAAUCACGUGUAUAAAUUUUUAUAAUUGGAGAAUUCUGCCUAUGUGAAUGCACAUGUCCACAUUUCAUCCCUCCUAUCCCUCAGCCCUGGUGAGGGGCAGUUAAGAAUGGUUAAUGUAUAUGUCUGUUAAGCAUGCGCUGUUAAGCAUCCUCAUUCAUGGGGUCUCAGACCGAAGUUUUCAGAGAGCAUGGAUUUAGCUACUUUGGGAGAUAAAGUUCACCCUUUUGUUACAGGCAAAAUUCUGGUGUGGUGUGAAUGCUGUGGGGUCAGCCUGAAAUGUUUGUUUUCUGCAAUUUUAUUGCAUAAUGAUGUUUGCAAUAUAUGGUUUUUAAUUUGAAAGCAUAAACUUUUCUAUUGUGCAAAGA